AUGGCUGUUAUCUUUCUGAAGGUGCUGCUGCUCUCCUCGUUGUGUGAAGCCGAGUUCAGUGAAAUCUCUCAGCCCGUUUCCGUUCAGACGCUGAAGCUCAGCGAGUCGGCCGCCAUCGAAUGCAGCAUGAAGAGCGCAGCUCUGAACAGAGUGUGGUACAAACUGACGGCAGGAAGAAGACUGCAGCCCAUCGCAACAGUUGAUAAUCGGAACAACCGGAGCGUAGUUGCUGGUGAAUUUGAAAACCGUUUCUCAGUUGAGUUUGACGGCAUCAGCAAUCGCCUGAGGAUAUCAGCAACUUCCUGGGACGACGUUGGAACAUACUUCUGUGGAGAGAUGCACCGGGAUAAGGUUCAGUUUGGAUCAGGAACCUUUCUGUUUCUUAAAGGUACUAAUCUGAGCAGCGACUCUGUUGUCCAGCAGCCAGAGACCCGCUCAGUUCAGCCAGGAGAUUCGGUGACCGUCAGCUGCACCAUUCAGGCUGGUCAGUGCUCAGCAGGACACACUGCAGUCAUGUGGCUGAAAAACCUUCACGCCUCUCCUGCAGACAUAAUUUACUCAUCUGGGGAUAAAACCAGCAGCUGUAAGAGGGCAGGAAGCGGAGAAACGUGCGUGCACAAGCUCUUCCUGAAGAACAUCGACUCUGAUGACGCAGGAACGUACCACUGUGUUGUGACUGUGUGUGGACAUGUGCUGCUGGGAAAAGGAACCAGGAUUAUUCACAAUGAUGUUACGUCUCAAAGCAUUUUUACGGUCGACCCCAACGCUGCGAUAUUCAUCUCCUCCAUCAUCCUCACCAUCUGCGCCCUGAGUGUUUAUCUGGGAUCCUUAAUCUGGAUCAUCGAGGAGACAAACUGCUGCUUUGGUACCUGA